AUGACUGUUAUCCAUGGCAACUACGUGUACAGCGACACCUAUAUUUUUACUAGAGAACGUGGCCUGGAAAAUGGUUCUCAUAAAAAUGUGGAGAGGAACAGCGCACACAAAGACCGGCGGCAGCUAGGACAAAGUAGACCUCCAGAAGAGUUGAACCCGCAAGCGGUAGCUGGCGUUAUAGAUGCUCUGAAACAGAUUCUGCCACACCAUAAUUUUGACCAAUGGCAAUCACCUUCACGUUUGAAGAUAACGAACUAUGAGUCCUCGACGGCAUGGUUCACGAUGCGCGACGUGACGUCCAGCACGGCGGUGAAGACAACAGACGUCGCGCGGAUGGGCGACGAGGCCACGACAUUUGCAACGGAGUAUGCGGACGCUGACACAGCUGCGCCACCACAGCGCAUCGGCAGGAAUCCGCCGACUUUGACUACGACAACGACGCCUACUACAACGACUACGAUACUUACAACAAGAACAAAGAGGUCGAAAAGAAGAAGGACAACUACGACGUUGGCUCCCAAGCUAGACAUCGCCAGCCUGUUGAAGGUCAUUGCCAACUUGACGGCGGACUACUCGUUGAAUCUGGCGAUGAUGCUCAAUAAGUCCCUGGAAAGGUAUAGCAUCCCCACGUGUCCCACCCCCACCCACCUCAUCACUACGGAGGAGACCAUCGCCACGACUGACGCAUUUGCCAACCUCACGGGCACCAUCAUGGGAAAGUGCUUCGUGUGUGGAUUGGACGAUAUAGAAAUACCACGGCACUCGCACUGCGCGGACGCAUUCGCAGGCGACUUUAUCCCGCUUGUACAAGUGGACGCCACGGCACGCGGACACAUCGCCAGGUACAGGAAAUACUGUCGAUGGAUGAACGUAGAGGGAUACUUCAUAAACGCGUCAGACCCUCGAUCGAUGUGGGGUCGGUGGACGGGCGGCUGUAGCGUGCGAUGGAUUGACCUGAACGGUUACUACACGCAGCGCACCUGCCGCAACCGCCACCACGCCGUCAUGGGCCGCCACUUUAUCAGUAAGAGGAUGGCCAAACUUGAAAUGGCGUUACAGCACAUAGACAGUGGGUGCAUAAUAAGUCCAGUGGCGUCGCUGGUGCCGCUGUCGCGGGGUGUGUCGCUGUACGCGCGGUUUCACGCCUGUGUGUGCGUGGGCAACUGGUGCAACCAAGCCCCACCCAGUCAUCUGUACUCAUCGCACCUAGCGCUAAUCACGUUCCUAAUUAGAAUUGUUUUCAUAUCAUGACAGUGUAAAAAGUUGUCCGAACUUUUUACAAUGGAGCUUGGCUUAGUACCAUUGGCAUAAACUGACGUAUUUUGGAAAACAAGCCAUUGACGCCAUUGGCACUAUAUGCCAAAAAGUUCGGACCCCUUUCUGUUACACCAAAUCUUUGACCAAAUAGACUUUUGAUGAUGUCACAAAAUUCAACAAAUGUCAAAUUUAAUCAUGUAAUCCGUGUUAUCCCUAACAGAGAAAAUAAUAAAACUGCAGCAAAGUUUAUCUACCUAUAUUAUUUAUUUAGUAUAGUGUAUCUGUAGGUCGAUGUUGCA